GGAAUUUUAAAAUUAAUCUAGGGGAUGUUGCAUCAUUACUCAAUUACAUAGGAUUCAGAAUAUAAAUUGUUUAAGUCGGUUUGCACUAAGAACUAAGAAUAUUAAAUUGGAUAUGGCUCUAUUUAGUUUCUUUCGCUGUGUUAUAUUUCCUACAGUUAGAGCCGAAGAUGAAGAAGCUGAGUUAGUUGAUCCACAAACAGCUCUGAGGGAGAAGUGUCAAAAUAAUGGUAACAUACAAGCUUUGUAUAGUAAAUACCAAGAAUGCAAUGACAGAGUAAAUGGCAAAUCUAAAACAACCGAAACCUGUAUGGAAGAACUCUUUGAUUAUGUUACAGAGUUGGAUCAUUGCGCCGCUCAUAACCUUUUUUCGAAGCUGAAAUAAGUGAAUAUUUAGAAUUUAUUUAUCAUUCAUGUAAUAUUUCACGAGAAUGGAUUAUAAUAAACAUUGCUAAUAUAUAAUUAUA